GUGAAGUGUUGAAUCAUGCUGAGCGCGUGACUGCGCCUGCGCGAGCGGCCCACGUGCCUUGUCCCGGCAGGCGCGCACGCGCGAGCGAACGAACAUGGCGACGCGCUGCACGUCUCGCGUUACCGGACAGUGAGACGCACCGAGAGAGAGAAAAAGGAGAAACGGUUUUGUCAGUAGGUGCUGCGUCUCGAUGCAGAUGCUCCGGGUGAAAUGAAUAAGGCACCUCAGCCUCUGUCAGGACCCCCCUCCGUCCCGCUUCCCGCGCCCUCCCCGGGUCUGUCCCAGCCCAGUUUUCCUCCUGCUCCGUCGGUUGUGUUCGGCACCCCUCCGCCGCAGAUGAACCCCGCCGCCCAACCCCGACAGUUUGCCUCAGGUCCUAGAGCUUUACCACAACAGGGAGGAUUCAGGUCACUGCAGCCGUACUAUACCAGUCGGCCCGCUUUACCCGCCAAUUCUGGGCGUGUCCAGCCAAGCCCCGCCCCUCGGCCCAUCCCCCCUCCGCACGGACCCCGCCCCCCUCACGUGUUCCAGCCCGGCCCCUCCCAGAUGAUGAUGAUUCCCCAGCAACCAAUCAGCUUCCCCAAUUCACAAGGCACGGCCUACUAUAUAUCUGGCCAGUACCGUCCCUCAUACGUGACUCCUCAGCAGUAUCAGGUGGCCGGUUCUCCUGGUUUCUAUCCCGGCACGAGUCCAGCUGAUUACGCUGGGGCGUAUUACCCGGCCCAGGCCCAGUUCACGCCCCCUGUUGCCCCGGCGCCCGUCAUCAUAAACCCCGCCCCCCAGCAGCCACAGGCCCCGCCCCCUCAACCGCAGCAAGCUCCGCCCAGACGGGAACGCAAGCAGAUCAGGAUCAGAGACCUCUAAUCAGGCGAUAUGCUCCAUCAGAUGUUAAAACGGCCCCACAGAGACGUCAGUCCUAUCGCAGAGCCAGAUGUCGCGAAAGAAGCGCUGCCGGUUGCCGCCAAUAUUCCUGAUAGGACUGUGAAAGAAAUCCCUCCUCAGGUUGUCAAGGAGACUCCCGCUGCGGUUGUUAAGGAAGAGCCAGCUCCUGUUGUCAAGGAGCCUACUCCUCCUGUCGUCAAGGAGACGCCUGCUCCUGUCGUCAAGGAGACCCCCGUUCCUGUCGUCAAGGAGACCCCCGUUCCUGUCGUCAAGGAGACGCCCGCUCCUGUCGUCAAGGAGACCCCCGUUCCUGUCGUCAAGGAGACCCCCGUUCCUGUCGUCAAGGAGACGCCCGUUCCUGUCGUCAAGGAGACGGCCGCUCCUGUUGUCAAGGAGACCUCCACUCCUGUAGUGAAGGAAGAUUCUGCUGCGACCUGUUGUCAAGGAUUACCCUGCAUCCUUCGUCAAGGAGUCACAGUUGCCAAGGAAACGCCUACACCUGUUGAUGUGAAAACCCUUCCGCAGGUCACCCAGGAGGCUGUUGUCAAGGAAAGGCCUGUUGUCAAGGAGACCCCUGUCGAGACGACUCCUGUCGUCGAGGAAACACCUUCACUCGCUGCCAAGGAAACCCCCGAACCACUUUUUAAGGAAGCCGCUGCCCCUUCAGAGGUCGUUUCUAAAGCCACGCCCCCUCCGAUGGAAGGGCGAGAGGACACGCCCACUACACAGACCACUCCCUCUGAGAGUUCUACCCAAGUGGUUUCUUGUGAAUUGCCAAAAACAAAAGAGAUAACAAUGAAAUUUGACCUGUAACAGAAGGAGGCGGGAGAUCUGCUUGAUGCCUUUAAAGAGCCCACGCCACCUGAGCCAGAGGCCACACCCCCAGUGAAGGCGGAGCCAGAGAGCACCGCCCCGGUGGCCCCGCCCCCUGCUGAGGACGUGGAUGAGACGUGGGAAGAGAAAGAAGAUAAACUUGAUGCUGAAAACAUCAAACCGCAGAGUCCCACCCCGAGUUUACCCACCGAGCAGAAAUACCAGUAUAAAGAAGAUAAACUUGAUGCUGAAAACAUCAAACCGCAGAGUCCCGAGCCGAGUUCACCCACCGAGCAGAAGUACCAGUAUAAAGCAGAGCAAUGGAAACCGCUGAACCCCGAGGAGAAGAAGAAAUACGACCGAGAGUUUCUGCUCGGCUUCCAGUUCAUCAGCGCCAGCAUGAACAAACCUGAGGGUUCUGCCCGCAUGAUCUCAGACGUGGUGCUGGAUAAGGCCAAUAAAACUCCUCUGCGGCAGCUGGAUCCGAGUCGUUUUCCCGGAAUGAACUGUGGUCCAGAUUUCACGCCUUCGUUUGCUAAUCUGGGACGUCCGUCAGCCGGGGGCGUGGGCCCGGUCAGUUACCAUGGCAACCCCCCCGUCUCAGGUCAGGGUCAGCGCGGGAAGGAGCCGCGCAAAAUAACAUCCAAAGAUUCUCUCACACAAAACACGCACAUCAAAAAAAAGCAGAAGGCGAGAAUGCCUAAAAACACACAGAAAAGCAGCAGCCCCCGCGCAGAAGAAGACGAGCCCGACUUCCUGAAGACGCAGGAGCUGUUCAAACGCGUGCGGAGCAUCUUGAACAAACUGACGCCGCAGAUGUUCCAGCCGCUGAUGAAGCAGGUGACCGAGCUGACCAUCGACACAGAGGAGCGUCUGAAGGGAGUCAUCGACCUCAUCUUCGAGAAGGCCAUCUCCGAGCCCAACUUCUCCGUGGCCUACGCCAACAUGUGCCGCUGCCUGAUGGGGCUGAAAGUCCCCACCUCUGAUAAACCCGGAGUGACGGUGAACUUCAGGAAGCUGCUGCUGAAUCGCUGUCAGAAAGAGUUUGAGAAGGACAAAGAUGAUGAUGAAACCUUUGAGAAGAAGCAGAAGGAGCUGGAUGCUGCCACAGUGGAAGAGGAGAAGCAGCGGUUGAAGGAGGAGCUCGAGGACGCCAAAGACAAAGCCCGGCGACGGUCGCUAGGCAACAUCAAGUUCAUCGGGGAGCUGUUCAAGCUGAAGAUGCUGACGGAGACCAUCAUGCACGACUGCAUCGUCAAGCUGCUGAAGAACCACGACGAGGAGAGUCUGGAGUGUCUCUGCCGCCUGGCCGCUACUGAUGUGUUCUGCUGUAUUUCUUUGUCUUCUCAGCCCCGAAUGGAUCAAUAUUUCAACCAGAUGGAGAAAAUUACUAAGGAGCGGAAAACCUCUUCCAGAAUUCGCUUCAUGCUGCAGGACGUUCUUGAUUUACGACGAAGUACCUGGGUCCCGCGGCGAGGAGAUCAGGGGCCGAAGACCAUCGAGCAGAUCCACAAAGAGGCGGAGCUAGAGGAGCACCGAGAGCAGGUCAAAGUUCAUCAACAACCACUAAUAAAGAAGGACAGCCGCAGUGCAGGAGGAGGAGGAGGAGGGGGGGGAGGAGGGAUGGGGCCCCGUGGAGGCCCCCACACACCCGGUUCCCGGAAACCAGGCCCUGAUGACGGCUGGAACACGGUGCCCAUUUCCACCAAGAACAGACCCAUCGACCCGACGCGCCUCAGCAAGAUCACCAAGCCGGGCGCUUUGGACUUCAAUAAUCAGCUUCUUGCCCCCGGAGGUAAAGGCACGUGGGGCAGCUGGGGCAAAGGCAGCAGCGGAGGCUCCGGAGCCAAACCCAGUGACAGCGCCCAGGACUCUGGUCGAACCAGCACUUUGAAUCGAUUUUCAGCACUUCAGCAGCCUUCCUCCUCUUCAUCUUCAUCAUCAUCCGCCAACAUCGACUCUGACAGGAGGGUUCCUCACAGGAGUAGCUCCAGUCGGGAACGCAGCGAUCGUUUCGAGCGGAUGGACCGGAACCGUCCCGCGGUCAGCAAGCGCAGCUUCAGCCGGGAGAAGGAGGAGCGGAGUCGAGAUCGAGAGCAGCGUCCCGCUGAGAUGCUGCGGCGUGUUUCCAGCAUGACAGACGAGCGAGAACGAGAACGAGAGCGCAGCAGCCGCGACAACGCAGCGAAGAGAGAAACUGUUCCCACUCCUCCACCUGCUUCCUCCAAACCUGCGCUGACGGAGGAGGAGCUGGAGAAGAAAUCCACUGCCAUCAUCGAGGAGUAUCUGCACAUCAAUGACAUGAAGGAGGCGCUGCAGUGCGUCGGUGAGCUGAGCUGCUCGUCUCUGUCUGUGUUCGUUCGGACGGGAAUCGAGUCGACGCUGGAGCGCAGCACCAUCGCUAGAGAACACAUGGGUUUACUAUGUUUCACACAGCUCCUCAAACACACACUACUGUCCACACAACAGUACUACAAAGGGCUGCUGGAGGUGCUGGAGGUUGCGGAGGACAUGGAGAUAGAUAUUCCUCACAUCUGGCUCUAUCUGGCUGAGCUCAUCUGUCCCAUGCUGCACGAGGGAGGGAUUCCCAUGGGGCCGCUCUUCAGGGAGGUGUCUAAACCGCUGGUGCCUGCUGGGAAGGCUGGAGUCCUGCUGGUGGAAAUCCUCAGGCUGCUCUGUAAAGCAAUGAGUCUUCAGAAGGUGGGAGUGAUGUGGAGAGAUGCGGCGCUGAGCUGGAAAGACUUCCUCCCUGAAGACGAGGACGUCAAUAAAUUUGUCACUGAAAAGGGAGUGGAGUUCACUCUGGGUGAGGAGUGUGUGAGGAAGAGCAGUAAAGUGACCCUGAGUCCUGAAGACCUUUCUAGAGAGCUGGAGCGCCUCCUGCAGGAGAAAGCAGACAACCAGAGGAUCUUUGACUGGGUGGAGGCCAAUCUGGACGAGCAGCAAGCCUCAUCGAGCACGUUUGUCCGAGCGCUGAUGACCUCCGUCUGUCAGUCUGCCAUCAUCUGUGAGAAUCCGUAUAAAGUAGACACUAAAGAAAUCAAACAGAGGGCCAAGCUGCUGCAGCGCUACAUUAAAGACGAGCAGAAGGAGCUGCAGGCGCUCUACGCCUUACAGAGUCUGAUGAUGCAGCUGGAGCAGCCGCCGAAUCUGCUGCGCAUGUUCUUCGACGUCUUAUACGACGAGGACAUCAUCAAAGAGGAGGGCUUUUACCGCUGGGAGUCCAGCAAGGACCCCGCCGAGCAGCAAGGCAAGGGCGUGGCCCUCAAAUCCGUCACCGCCUUCUUCACCUGGCUGCGCGAGGCCGAGGACGAAUCAGACAACAGCUAGAGCUUAGGCCACGCCCACCACCGAGAUGAUUGACAUGGAGGGCAAAAAAAAAAUAUUUUGAAGGAGAAAAAAAUAGAGAGAGAGAAUGAAACAUUUGGGAGAUUUUCAACACCUUUUUACUUUCUGUUCUGUCUUUCCGUUUGCGCAAAAAAUAAAUAAAUAAAAAAAUAAAAAGCAGCUGAACUGAAACAAAAUUAAGUAUUAGAGGAUGACAAGCCUUAUCUGCUCAGAAUUUUAGCCGUUAGCAUUGCUACUUCCUGUUUCCUGCUCCCGCCGCCAGUGGAGACGGACGUCGAUGACAUCAUCACUUGUUUAUGAUGUCACUUCCUAGUGACAGAACGCUGCUCAGAGUUUUAUUUUUCGUUUGAAACCCUUAUAUAUAUAUAUAUAUAUAUAUAUAUAUAUAUAUUCGUGGGUGCUGAUGUGGUUUUGCGCGGAGCGGCUGAUUGUGUGCGUGUUGCUGGAGGAUUGGAUUGUUUUUUUUGUUUUUUUGUCGUUUGGAUUUCGUUUAGUUCUAGUGGAGUGUUCCGAGCGUUUUUUUUUUUUUUCUAAAUUUUUUUAUGACCGAAAACGAAUUCAAAAUGCAAAUCGCCUCUUUCGGAGCUGUGGUUUUCAGUGUGUGUUCGCGGCUCUGGGCGACGCGAGACUUGCUAGAGUCGUUCAACUUUGACCUUUUUGCUGCUUCUUCCGGCCCGAGCCGACAUACGGUUCUCAUCACACUUCACCGAGAGGAGUAAAGGUUUGAGAAAUAAGACUCGAGGGUGACGCACCUGUUGAGGACUUCACCAAACAAAUCAGUAUAACGACUUGAAAAAUAUAUAUAGAAAUAAAUGUAUAAAAAAAAUAAAUACAAAAAAAAUACAAAAAAGCUGGAGAAAGAGAGAGUACGAAUACUACAUGCCUUUCAGCUCCCUGAGAGCGACCUGUAAAUACAAGGUUUGUUUUGUUUUCCAAUAAUAAAAAUGCUAACUUUAAUGCCAUGUAUUAAUUUUUUGGCUUUUGUUUUUGUCUGUAUUUAAUUUUUUUUCCUUUUGCAGUUUAACCACCCGGCUUGUAUAAUUAUCCUCAUCUAGUUAUUGAUUAUAGUUUAAUGAAAUUAUGUAAAUAUUUCUCUCUUUUUUUUUUUUUGCUUUAAGUAUUUAAUUAAGAGAAAUUAAUGCCUCUUUUCACAUUUGAAACUGGAAGAGAUAAUAAAGAGCAUUGCAAUGAAAAAAUGACAAAAA